AUGGAUCAAAUACAAACCCACCCGUCCAACGCCGCCCAGGCAAAGACCUUCAUCGCUCCCGGCUCCCUUUCAUUCCCAGGUGGCGCUGGCGAACUGACUCCUCCAUCGUCCGAGGCUGAUAAGCAAAAUGGUCAGAGGAACGGGCAGAUGAAUGGAGGUCAACAGCAGGGUGCUCAAGGCCAGAACGGCAAUGGGGUGACUCCCGCGACACCUGCUGCAACACCUGGUGCUACGCAGGGCGUGAGUGGUAUUGUUCCGACCUUGCAAAACAUCGUUGCCACGGUCAAUCUCGAUUGCCGCUUGGAUCUCAAGACGAUCGCCCUGCAUGCGAGGAACGCUGAAUAUAACCCAAAGCGUUUUGCGGCUGUCAUCAUGCGUAUUCGUGAACCUAAGACGACUGCUUUAAUCUUCGCCUCAGGCAAGAUGGUCGUGACCGGCGCAAAGUCAGAGGACGAUUCGAAGCUUGCAUCACGAAAGUAUGCUCGCAUCAUUCAAAAGCUCGGCUUCAACGCAAAGUUCACGGACUUCAAGAUCCAGAACAUCGUCGGCUCCUGUGACAUCAAGUUCCCUAUCCGUUUGGAGGGUCUUGCAUCACGCCAUCACAAUUUCAGCUCUUACGAGCCUGAGUUGUUCCCUGGUCUCAUCUACCGUAUGAUCAAGCCUAAGAUUGUGCUCCUGAUCUUCGUUAGCGGUAAGAUUGUCUUGACUGGCGCAAAGGUUAGAGAGGAGAUUUACCAGGCCUUUGAAAUGAUCUACCCGGUGCUCCAAGACUUCAAGAAAGUCUGA